AUGGAACAUCAGCUUUUUCACCAGCCAUCAACCACGCCCGUGAUUGUAUGUAAGCUAUGUGAAUAUGGUGUUCGACCAAAAGAGGUUUCUCGCCACCUCCAAUCUGCUAAUCAUCGGAUGCCGAAGCCGAAAGCGCGCCAAAUUGCCGAGGCAGUUCAACAAUGGGAGCGUACGGCAGAAUGUGAUGAAUGGCAGCCACUAUUAGUGGUGAAUCAGCCUCUUCCCAAUUUGCCUGUUUAUUCAGAUGGCAUUUUAUGCGAGCAAGGCCCGAUGUGCCAGUUCGUUGCCCGGUCAAUUAGCACUAUGCGUGUUCACUGGCGUGAUCAUCAUAGCUGGGUAGCCCCUACAAACCGGGGCGGUCGUCGGCGGCAGCAUACUUCAUCAGCUGCGGAGCAACAAAUCCAGCAAUUCACUCGAAUCGUCCGAUGCCAACGUGCGUUUAAUCACGGGCUAGGGUCCCAUUACAUCCGCGUUCAAACCCUCGGAGCCGAGGCCAUUCCCGGGGCUGAUCUGUUAGCAAUGUCUGAUCAUAAUAGUCAGGUGAUUGAUCAGAUGGAAAGAGCAUAUGCCGAAAGAGAAGAGCUCCCCCAGGUGAUCGUGGCCAGCCAGCGAGACGAGACGAAUCCAUGGCUUCGGAGGACCCAGUGGGCCGUCUAUCUCCAGGGGAUCAACCCGCACGACCUAGUGGACUGUGUCCGAGCCCCCGAUCCCGAAUCAUCCGAUCAGACCGAGCAGGCCGCCUAUACAAUUUGGAAUUCAAUGGCCACUGUAGCUCGCAUCAGCCAGUUGAUCUGCACUAAAACGAGCCACACCAUUCGGUGCGAGGCUGUUCGGACUGAGCGGGAUCGCCUGCCCCAUCAACCACUACAAGCAUAUAUGGAUAGUGAUAAUGUUAAGCGACACACGGUCCCGUGGCAGCAGAGUCUCAUGUUUUUCACGCGCACACAGGCCCCACAUGAUUGGGCUAGCCCCCACUACAGGUUUUCUAAACGCCAGCGAGCGGCAUGGGCCACUUUAUGGAGACUGGCCCAGCCAGGCCAGGGCAUGACAGGCCAUUCCAGCACAGGCCAGGGCAGGGCAGGCCAUUCCAACACAGGCCAGGGCAGGGCAGGCCAACACAGGCCAUUCCAACACAGGGCAGGCUAA